CCUCUCCCCGGGAGGAGCCCGCGGCCCUCGCGGGAGGCGGGCCCGUCGGACGCCCGCGCGCCGCUCCCCCGGCUCUUCGGCUGUUUUCCUACCUGGGGCUGGGAGGGGACGGCGCCCUCCGGGAAGCACUGGGCAUCCUGCCUCGCCGAGGGCUCCUCGCAGGGCCUCUGGCAAGAGGGCGCCCGAGCCCAGAAAGCGGGAGGUGGGAGGCGGGGUCCCCAGCCCCAGGCGUGCCGACCGGCCUGCCGCCCGCGGGGCCCAGGACCGGGAGGUCCUCGGGACAUCAGAGGCGCCCGCUGGACGCAGGUGACACUGCUGUAGCCCUGCGGAAACUGUUGCGGACGUCGCCAAGCUGGGACGCGCGGCGGGGACCCCGACUCGCGCCACCGUGGACUUCUCCAGGCGGGGCGCCCCGCACGCACCCGGCCGGCUCCACGGCCGGCCGCCCCGCGCGGGCCCGCACCGCCGGAUGUUGACGGCGUCGCCUAGCAACGGGAGAUGGCGGAGCCGGGCGGCUGGGCCGAAGGGUCUCACCUGGAGGACGAAUCGACUUCUGAAGAAGAGGAGAGACAGGAAAAAGAAGGCCAUGCGAGAAGGGAAGAGGCUCUGGGUGCCAGGAAGCAUUCAGAAGGGCAGAUCACAUCUGAAGGUGGAGCUGAAGUUGAAGGGACAGUCGCCGAUGAGGAGGAGAUUGCUGAGGAUUGGGAAACCCCCAUAGAGAGACAAGUUGCAGAUGAAGAGGAAGCUGAUUUUGACGAGGAAGCCGAUUUUGAUGAGGAAGCCGAUUUUGAUGAGGAAGCCGAUUUUGAGGAGGAAGCCGACAUUGACAAGGAAGCUGUGACCCUUGGGGAAAUCAAAUCCUUUUCUGAUGUGGAAGUCACCACUGUUAAAAGACAGAUCAUUUAUCCAGAUGCCAGUCCUCAGGAACAGCCUGGAGAUGGACCUGGCCCUGAAUAUCUGCAGGAGGGGGUUGAAGAGCCCUAUCAAGAAGCCUUUGAGCCCUCAGAAUCGAGAGGGGACGUGUCCACAGGGCAUGGCCUGCAGCAGGUCCUAGGCCCACCUGAGCACUCGGUGGGCAGCGUGACAGAAGCACAAAGUGACCCCCAAGAGAAGGUCUUUCCUGUGGGGACCCGACACCACCUCAGACUGAGCCUGGCGGGAGGCGUGGCGCCCUCAGAGGAACUCAGCCAGGGCUCGGAGGAGCCAGAAGAGGAGCCCCAGGCCCGCUUUCAGGAGGGAGCCCUGACAACGUUCCUGAACCGUAUCCAUCAGCUGAGCUCCGAGGAAGAGGCCGUGGAGGACAGAAUCGAGUCCGAUGAGAGUGAAGAGACCGAAGAAGAGGGAUCCCAACUGGUGGUUUUGGACCCAGACCACCCCCUGAUGGUCAGGUUCCAGGCUGCCCUGAAGAGCUACCUUAAUCGACAGAUAGACAAGUUGAGGCUGGAGCUGCAGGAGCUGGACGUGGCCACCAAGCAAAGCCAUUCCCAGCGGCAGGAGCUGGGCGUGAAUCUCUACGGGGUCCAGCAGCACCUGGCCCGCCUGCAGAUGCAGCUGGAGAAGAGCCAUGACCGCCACUCAGUCGCAGCCUGCGAGAGGAGGCAGCAGGAGGAGCAGCUGCGGGAGGUGCGCGCGCUCUACAACAAGACCUGCGAGGCCGCCAACCAGGAGCGCAAAAAGCUGGCAGCCCUGCAGCUGGAGGUGGAGAGCUUGGCCCUGCAUCUCUUCUACAUGCAGAACAUAGACCAGGACGUGCGCGACGACAUCUGCGUGAUGAAGCAGGUGGUGAAGAAGGCCGAGGUGGAGCGGACGCGGGCAGAGGCUGAGAAGAAAAAGCAGGACCUGUUUGUGGACCAGCUCACCAUACGGACCAACCAGCUGGAAGAAAACAUCUCCCUGUGUGAGGCUCAGUACCUCGCCCAAGUGGAGGACACCCGGGUGCUGCGGAAGGCAGUGAGUGAGGCCUGCACGGAGAUCGACGCCAUCAACAUGGAGAAGAAGCGCAUCCUGCAGCAGUGGUCCACCAGCCUGGUGGGCAUGAAGCACCGCAACGAGGCCCACAGGACCAUCCUGGAGGCGCUCAGAGAAUGCCAGCAUCAAGCCAAGUCCGUUGACAGCGAGAUGGAAGCGUACAAGAAGUCGAUCAUGAAGGAGGAGGAAAAGAAUGAGAAGCUGGCUAGCAUCCUGAACCGGACGGAGACGGAAGUCAACCUGCUGCAGAAACUGACCACGCAGUGCCUGACCAAGCACGAGGCCCUGCAGAAUGAGUUCAACACCUACAGGCUCACCCUGCAGAACACAGAGGACGCCCUGAACAAGGGCCACCAGGAGCACACGGCUGUCACGAGUGAGCUGCAGAGUGUCCACCAGUCCAUCCUCCAGGAGCUGGAGCUGCGGCACAAUAUGGACGCCUCCAUGAUGGACAAGCUGCAGGAGCACAUGACCUCCAACAAGAUGACCAAAUACUUCAAACAGCUGCUGCUGAGGCUUCAGAAGAAGAAGACCAACCUGGUGACGCAUCUUUCCAAACUCGAUGGCGACAUCGCUCAGGCCACCCUGGACAUCACCAACACGGGCUGCAGGAUGGACAUGCAUCAGAGGACGCUGGGUGAGCUGGACAAGGAGGUGCAGAGGGUCAACGACCUCAUCACCAACAGCGAGAACGAGAUCGCCCGGCGCACCGUCCUGAUCGAGAGGAAGCAGGGCCUCAUCAACUUCCUCAACAAGCAGCUGGAGCAGAUGGUCUCCGAGCUCGGGGGGGAAGAACUAGGGCCCCUGGAGCUGGAACUCAAAAAGCUGAACAAGCAGAUGGAGGAGCACAACGCCAGCGUCAAUCAGGCCCAGGUGACCUGGCUGCGCCUCCAGCAGGAGCUGGUCAAGGUCACGCAGGAGCGGGAGGAGCAGGUGGCUGCCCUGGACAUGCUCAGGAAGGACAUUCACAUCCUGGAGCAGAAGAAGCUGCGCACAGAGAACAAGAUUGAGCAGGAGAAGAAGGAGCAGAAGGAGAUUGACCGCCACAUGAAGGACCUGGACAACGACCUGAAGAAGCUCAACAUGCUGAUGAACAAGAGCCAGUGCAACUCCAAAGAGCUGCAGCAGGACAACCUGGUGGCCGAGAACGAGUUCGUGCGCUCGCUGAAGGCCGCCGAGAGAGAGACCAUUGAGAUGCAGGAGAAGCUGGACCAGCUCCAGGAGGACAAGGCCACCGUCCUGAACAGCCUGGUGGAGGCAGAGCACCAGAUAAUGCUGUGGGAGAAGAAAAUCCAGCUGGCGAAGGAGAUGCGCUCCUCGGUGGAUUCCGAGACGGGGCAGACGGAGAUCCGCGCCAUGAAGGCGGAGAUCCACAGGAUGAAGGUCAAGCACGGGCAGCUGCUGAAGCAGCAGGAGAAGAUGAUCCACGACAUGGAGCUGGCCGUGACCCGCAGGGAGAUCAUCGUGGCCCAGGCUGAGGGGCAGAGCAAGAUUGACAAGAAGGCGGUCACCCGGACGGACUUCCGCCACAAGCAGAUGGAGCUGCGCAGGAAGAUCAGGGACGUGCACAAGGCCAACGAGGAGUGCGCCAAGGCCAUCUCAGAGCUGGAAGAGACCCAGAGACUCGCGAGCGGCUCCCUCAUGGAGAAGCAGGAAAAGCUGUCCAUGAUGCAGGCGGACUACGACACGCUGGAGGCUGACCUCGGCCGGCUGGUGGCCCUCAAGCGACAGAACCUUUCGGAGAUUGUGGCCCUGCAGACUCGCCUCAAGCACCUGCAGUCUGUGAUUGAUGGGAAGUAUGUGUUCCUGUUCCGCUCGAAGAAGGCCCAGCUGAUGGAGCACCGGCGGCUGAGUGACCGGCUGGGCCUGCUCAGCACCAUCCUCGCCCGUGUGCAGGAUGAGUACCCCCAGUUCCGGGAGGCCCUCAGCAAGGUCAGCCAGAAGAUCGCCAGCAAGCUGGAGUCACCAGGGCCCACCUAGAAAGCUCCAGGACCCCACCUUCCAAGGCCCACCCCUGAGGAAGACCGCCAGAAUCUGUUGACCCUCAGGGACUUGGGAUCUUCCUGUGUUCCUAAAAACAUGUGCCCCUAGAAAGAUGCUGUGUGAUGGAAUGGAGAGGCCAGCAGGAACUAGUUCCCAGCCACUGGGCAGCUGAGACCGCGCACCGCCCAGCGCUCCCAGGUGCCCCCGCGAGCGGGCUGCCUGCUUGCUUUCUACUUGCACAGAGCACCCUGUCCUUUCUUGGACUGAUUCGUCCAAAUGGAAGUCCAGCUUUUGGCAGCUCCCCAGUCUGCAGGUGCUCCCUGGCACACUGACCCAGUGGGGGUGGGGGGCAGGUGGGGUAGAGGGGACCAGCAGGAACCAGGAGCAAGACUGACCAGCCAGGCCAUGAAGGCCACUUCGUUCCUCGGUGCUUCUGUAGGGCACAUCUGGAAAUCCACCAAGCCCCCUUCUUUCCAGUGUUCCCACCCACAAAGAAGUGUCCCCUUCUCCUGCCCCCACCUCCCAUUGUGUGUUAAAGUCAGAUUCACAGUGUGCAGGUACAAGUCAGGGCUCUCAGGACUUCCAAGGGAGGUGCCCAGCAGGCCACAUCGGGCCACGUCUGCCAGCCUCUCUCUCCUUCGUUAACUGGCCCUUUAUCCCUGCCCUGAUUUUCUGAGCACCAGUUACCUGUGGCUUCUCCAAAGCUGAAAGGGAAAAUGCUUGAUGAAAUAAUUUCACUUUCAAAUUUUGCAGCUGAAGAAUAAAAACAAUCUUUCUGAA